AUGAAGGAGGAACGCCCUAUCCGUUUCAAUCUUUUGAACAAGGACGAAUUAAUGUACGAAGUUGUGAUCCGUGAUGCUGUGCCUGAGCGAACUGUACAGUUGUUGCGUGCUCAAAUUAAACGUUUGGCUCAAGAUUUACCUAGCGAUGAGGUGAGUGAGUUCGAGGGAGAUGCGCUGGCUGAGUUGAGAACUAUUUCCUCCAAAAUAGACGAGCUUGAGGGGCUGUGUAACAGGAAACCCCUGUUGCUCAAACAGCUUUAUCGCGUGCAGGCUUUAGGAAACCACAUCUUCCAUAGGUUGAGUCGUGUUGAGGCUGUGGAUGGGGAUAAUAGGACUUUGAGGGAACAGUUGGAGGAGCGUCUCAUCCCACUUUUAAAACGGAUCGACCGUAUGACGCACACCUUCGUUAGUAGUUAUGAUUUCCAACCUGCUGAGGAGGAAGUUUCUGAGGUCGCUGGUUUGGCUGCGAAUGAGUCGUCAAUGGUCAAACCGGUGAAUUGUAAUGCGUGUGUUCAUUCUUUGAAUUUGAGGUUUAACGGGAAAGACAGUGUGCAGAAUUUUAUUGUUAGGAUUGAAGAAUUAUGUAAUUCUCGUAAUAUUGCGAAAGAAAAAUUAUUCAACUCAGCAGUUGAAUUAUUUACUGAUGAGGCUCUAUUUUGGUACCGAGGUACUCGUGACCAACUAAAUAGUUGGGAGGAUUUAAAGGCGUCGUUGCUGGAAGAGUAUUUGCCCUACGACUAUGAUCAUCGUUUGUUGCAGGAGAUUCGUUCGAGGACCCAAGGUCCCGACGAAUCCAUAUGUAGUUAUCUAAGCCUGAUGCAAAAUUAUUUUUCGAGGUUGCGUAAACCUUUAGACGAUGAAGAGAAGUUGAGCUUGGUCAAGUUCAACAUUAGGCCAUCUUACUCCAUUCCUUUGGUCAAUGUAGAAAUAAAAUCGUGUGCCGACUUGAAGAGGCAUUGUAGGCAGUUGGAAGCGGCGAAACAGAGGGCAGAAUCCUUCACCGAACCCCCGCGCGGUGUACAGAAUGCUGUCGCCCCUGACCUGGCCUACAAAGGUAAGUCUGCUCGCCCGAGGUGCGAGGCAGUGGUUAAAAGUCCGAGCAUGGAGAAGUUUUGCGUGCGUUGCCGUGUGAAGGACCACACGCUCCGCGAUUGUAAGGCGCCUCAUGUUAUUAUUUGCUAUCGUUGUGGUGAAAAGGGCGUGACCGCUGUCAAUUGUCCAAAGUGUGUACGCCGGAAGGACGUAAAAGUUUCUGGAGUCACAAAACGCGUGGCGACGGACCGUUGUUUUGAUGUUACCCCUGUUGAAGAGUGGCGUGCUUGGUGUGAUUUUGUGCGUGCAUUUUCUAAAAAUUGCAAAGCUAAUGUUGCGACGGUCCGACCAGAUGAUUGUCAGGACGCGCGUCCUUAUUUGAAUGUUGAGAUUGGUGGUGUUCCGUGUUCUGGAUUGUUAGAUUCUGGAGCGGAAGUUUCUAUUGUUGGUGGUUCUGCUGUGAAUUAUUUUUCUCAUCUGGGUGAGCUGUAUAAGUCUGAUACGGAUGCUGUGGUAGCGGCGAAUGGUUCUACUUCGUCUGCUAUUGGUUACAUGUUUUUACCUGUUGUGGUUGAUGGCGUGUUAAAGGUCGUUAAGUUUUAUGUUGUUCCUGGAGUUUCGUCGUCUUUGUUGUUUGGCAUCAACUUCUGGAAAGCUUUUCAGAUAGCGCCUGAUGUUUUGCGACUUGUGAAUCGGAGGGAUUCGAUGGUUGGGCAUGCUGAGGCAGUCGUGUCUCGGAAGUUGACUAGUGAUGCUUAUAAGGAUUUCAAACAUCCGAAUCAAACCACUCCUGGUUUGUUUGGAAAACCGAAGGUUCGUCGUAGACCCUUCCAGUGUGUCAGCGUUUGUUUUGUUAGUCCACUGCCCAGGUCUCGACGGAAGGUGUUUGACUUUAAAGUAGAUAGGCAAUUGAGGAAAUCUCACUUGCGAGAUGCUGAUUGUUGUGAUAGGCGUCUGAGAGACGUAGUGGUUGAAAAGGAUGAUGUGUUUUGGCGGAGUACGCAUGUUCGUAGCGUAGCUCCGAGAUUUAAAAAUUAUGUAGGGUAACUUGAAGUUUUGUUGAGGUGUUAGUUUUUUUUUUGUUGUGUAUUGUGGUGAUUCUGUUUCUGUAAGAUAGGAUGAUGCUGGAGGGCCAGCGUGAAUUUUUCUCGUUAUACUCGUAAAAUUCUGGUGGGUGAGGGGGUACUGUAACACUUUUUUUUCUUGGCGAGAUUGAAUACUUACCGAUUUCCACAAACAAACAUUCCAACGGACCGUAAGGUCACAUAUUACAAAGUGUACAGUAUUUCCUUUGUCACUUGAUUGUGUCAUUGUAUAGCCUGACCAGGAACAUAAAAACCCUCGCCAUGUUGCGGAAAACUAAUGGUACUAAUUUCUUUUAAUGGCAACAGUAACUGAAAACUUCAUUGACAUGUCACCUUGCAUGUCAGUCUAUUGCUGUCAAAGUGUAAACAAACUUUAUUUUAAAUGGGCGCAAUUAUUCUGUGAAUUAAAUUGCUAAAAUCUUUUUAUAGUCGUGAAAGAAAAGUGGUUCACAAUGUGUUAAAGUAUUUGUCGAAGAGAAAUACUAAGGGUUCGGACAAUAUUUUCAUUGAAUAAUUUUUCCGACAAGGGUGUCAAAUUGACUGACAUGUUUAUCGUAUAGUACAGUCCACUAUGAAAAUUAGCUGUUGUUUGUUUCAACUACCUAUUUUAAAGUUUUUUGUCACUUUCUAAGUGUUGAAUUUUAUGGAAU